AUGUCAAUUAUAGAUAUAGAUGCUUUAAUAGAAAACCUUAGGUGUGAAUAUGGAGAGAAACAUAAAAACUCACCAAUUUUAGAAAUAGAUCUGAAAAAAUAAGAAGGGAUUGAAAAGAAGAAUCGCUUGUUAUGCGGAUUUUGUAUUUAUAAUUUUUAGGGGGGUGUGCGUGAGAGCAUGGGGGUCUCUCAUGUAAUUUAAGCAAUAAAAGAACAAUAUAAAAAUAUCGAAGAGUAUCGUUUUGAAUAAAUAACGUCGGAAAAAAAGUUAUUAGAGAAGAUAAAACUUAACCUUGUAGAUUUUCAAACAUAAUUAUAUUAGAUAUUAAAUGAGACUGGAAAUUUGAUUGAUUAAUGCAACUGUGAGCUUGAUAAUUUAAGCUCUAAUAUAUAAUUUAACAUAAUGGAUGAAAUAGAUGAGGUAGCAUAAUAAUAUAUAAGAAUUAAAGAAAAUAAAUAUAAUCAAAAUAAUCUCAUAUUUGAGGAAUUCCAUAAAACACUCACAAAGAUUAGGAUUGCAUAUUAAAUCAAAUUUAAAAACGAAAUGAAAAAAGUAGAAGAGUCUAUUUCUAAUAUAGUCCAUUAAUUUACUUAAUAUAAUAAUCGAGAUCAGGAGAGGGAAAAUCAAUUAAUUGAAAAUAAUAUUUAAAGAAUAUCAAGAAUAAAAAUUAUUAGGGAUAGACCACUUCAACAUAAUAAAAUAAGCGAGAUUUACUGCUAGUAUUGUGUUGCUCUUUCUUUUGAUUACGAAUGCAAAUUCUUAGCAAUCUCAACUUAAGAAAAUAAUGUGCAUAUAUAUAAUGUCGAGAAUAAAAAGUUAGAAGAAAAUAUAUAAAAAUUAAAUCAUGAGAACUAAGUUUAUUCAAUAAUUUUUAGUAAAAAUUAGAAUUGGCUGGUAACAGGGAUAUCAACUGGUGGAGUUAUAAUAUGGAAAUUCCAAGAUUCUCGAUGGGAGAAAUAUGUUGAAUUAAAUGUACAUAGAAAAACUGUUUUCGGUCUCUUACUGAACUAAAAUGAAGAUCUUCUAUUUUCAUGUAGCGAGGAUGAAAGUAUCAUAAUAUGGAAUUUAAAUUUCGCCCAAAAUGUAGUCUACAAACAGGAAAAGAUUAACACAAAUUCAGGAUCUAUAUUUUCUCUAACUCUCAAUAAAUCAGAGGAUAGGUUGGCAUGUUGCAGUCGAUUAACAUGCGUAAUUAUAUGGGAAUAUUCAAAAGAGUAAGCCUAAUGGAAUUAUAAGCAAAAUAUCAUGAUAUCACAAUUUGACUUUGGUUAUAGGAUAAGUUUUUAUAAUAAUUAUUUGAUUUUUUAACCUUCAAAUGUAGGGAUUUGUAUUGUUUAUGAAGAGAAAGAUAAUAUUUUCUAAGAGUUUUAACAACUCUAAUUGAAUUGUAGUGAACCUUCAGACAAAGUUGGAUUGUCACCAAUUUAAUACAACGAGACCAAAAAUAUUAUGAUAUUGAAACAUAGUCAAUUUGUUUAUUUUAUUAGAUAAUAGGCUGAUAAGAAUUUUAAAAUCAUUGGUGAUAGCAUAUAAAAUAAGAAUAAUAUCCAUUUUUCAGCUUUAUCAUAAAAUGGAGAAUAUCUGGCAUGGUGGAAUCAAGAUAAUAAAAUAGUUUUAUUCAAAUUAGAUUAUGAAUGA